AGGAGUCAGUGUGUUCGUUUCACCUCCUAAUCAGUUUUCCUGAGGGAUCCAUCAUCAGCUGCAGCAGAGGAGGCAAAAAGCGGAAGACAGGAGAAAUCAGCCUGGGUUUAAUCUACUCCCAUCAAAAAUUCAAGCCUAAUACAAAUGACAGAAAUGGACACCGCUCUCUCCACCCCAUGCAAUAUCCAGAUUUGUGAGGUGACCUGCGACUCCUUCCGCAUUGUGUGGGAUAUGCCCCCUGAGGACACCGCCAGAGCCACGCACUUCUUCAUUGACCUGAGCCGCAAAGAGAGCAGAGACCCCAACCGCUUUAAACACAGGGAUGUGCCAACCAAGCUGGUGGCCAAAGCCGUGCCGCUUCCCAUGGCAGUACGGGGACACUGGUUCCUCAGUCCGCGGACAGAGUACUGUGUUGCUGUCCAAACUGCUGUCCGACAGCCAGAUGGUGACUACCUGGUGUCAGAGUGGAGCCAGGUGGUGGAGUUCUGCACUGGCGACUAUGCUAUGGAGCACCUGCAGCAGCUUCUCGAUAAGGCCAAGGGCUCAGCAGGGAGGCUGCUGAAGUUCUCUGUGUUUUAUCGCAACCAGCACCCAGAGUACUUUGACUAUGUCAGAAGGGAAUGCGGGGGUCUGAUGCGUCCAGCCCUGAAAGACUGCAGCGGGAGUCACGGUUCUCCUAUCAAUGGCAAACUUCACGGAGUCUUCUUCAGCUGCAACACAGAGUUCGAUACAGGCCUCCCUCCCAAAGACUCACCGUACGGCCCCCUGCGUUUCCAGAUCCCAGCUGGACACCUGCUGAACCCCAACAUCAGCCUUUACUUUGCAGACUUCUACUGUAUGUACACAGCUUACCACUAUGUAGUGCUGGUGCUGGCCCCUGUCGGCUCAGAGGGAGACACCUUCUGUCGUACCCGUCUCCCCAUGCUGGACUUGACCUCCAACCCUUUCCUGACAUACACUGACCCCCAGACCCCGGGAGAGGAGCCUCUGUUCUGCCAUGCCAGUGACGUCAUCCUUGAGGUGCUUUUCACAGAGCCAGUUCACCUGGAUCAGGGCAGCGUGGAGCAGAUCAGCGGGCACCACCAGCUUAAGAGUCUGACGACAGCCAACGCCAAGAAAGACCCAAGCUGCAAAGUGUGCAACAUCAGUGUGGGACGCUGAAGGAGAUGCUCAUGUAGGGCAGAGCUGGGGCUAUGUGAGCCUGCAGAACUGAUGGACACAGCGUGCAGGGCAGAACACAGUGGAAACAGCCCACCUCUCGGGUGCAUGCAUGCUGCUGUCCCUCUUCCCUCCUGCCUGGACUAGAAUAGUGAGUAUUAAAUAGAAGACUUAUAAUGUGUAUUACAGAACUUCAUCAUGAUCACAGCUGGAUUUUCAGUAAACAUCCAUCUAUGACUGCUAAGUGAAGACAUGAUAGGCUUUAGAAGAAAAUCCCUGCUCCUUAUUUGUUGAGAGACAUCUCU